GCACGAGCGAGGAAGCCCCGUGCCCGUCUACAGUGACGUCACCGGCGUGUUUCGCAGCAGCAGGCCGGGGGAAGAUGGCGGGGUCCAAGGUGAAGCAGGACAUGCCUCCUCCGGGAGGAUACGCUUCGUUUGACUAUAAGAGAAAUCUACCGAAACGAGGACUGUCCGGAUAUAGCAUGUUCGGCAUAGGCGUCGGCAUCAUGGUGUUCGGUUACUGGAGGCUCUUCAAGUGGAACAGAGAAAGGAGACGCUUACAGAUUGAAGAGAUGGAAGCCAGGGUAGCCCUGAUGCCCCUGCUGCAGGCAGAGCAAGACAGAAGGGCCUUACGGAUGCUGAAGGAAAAUCUAGAGGAGGAGGCGAUCCUCAUGAAGGACGUUCCAGGCUGGAAGGUUGGUGAGAGCGUCUUCCACACAGACCGCUGGGUCGUCCCUCUUUCAGAGGAGCUGUUUAACCUCCGACCCCGUGAGGAGCUUUUGCACAAGCGCUUCGGCUUCUUGUCGUACGUGUAAACUUCACCGGGACAAACGGCAUCCUGAGUUUCACCAACCUUCCACAGCCCGGUACCGUGUGGACCUGAGCCCAACGCUCAAUUCAGCUUGUAAAUGUUCAAUAUUAAAGUAUCUUUUUUUUUCUGUACCUCA